AUGAAUUCUUUUAAUCUUUUCAAUGACGUAGCUAAAGAAGGAAAUUGUUUAGAUAUAGAAGGCACCAUUGAGAGUAUUGUUGAAGACUUGGUUGACAAAAUUUGUUUGAAAGAGGAUACUAAAGAAGAAGAAAAACAACAACAGGAACAGGAGCAGCAAUCAACAAGCAAUAACAACUCUUUAAUAUUGAAAGAAGAAUGUUUACAAUUACAAGUUGGGGAGUUUCUUAGUGAUGCUAUUUCCUUGGCUUUGGAAGAUUUUGUUGGUGAAGAAAAUGCUAGAGCGAAAGAUGCGGAAGCUUUAUUGGGUGGAUGCUUGGAUUUAGUUUGCACUUAUCCUGAGGGUUACAAACCUCGCCAACCUCUUUAUUCUUGCAAAACUUGUUCAGCACAAAAUGGUGGCCAAUUAGCUGGAGUUUGUUAUGCUUGUUGUGAGAAUUGUCAUGAAGGACAUGAUCUUGUUGAAUUGUAUACAAAACGGAAUUUUUGUUGUGAUUGUGGAAAUUCAAAGUUUGGAAAGCUGAAAUGCAAACUUUUUGAGGUUUUUUUAAAUUUGUUUGAGAAGUUGGGUCAGACCAGUAUUUUAAUCCACUACACUACGCUGCCUCUUGAGAUUCAAUUUUAA